GUGGUUCAGAAGCUGACCCAGAUGAUUGGGAAGAACGUGAAGCUCUAUGACAUGGUGCUGCAGUUCCUGAGAACCUUGUUCCUCCGGACGAGGAAUGUUCAUUACUGCACACUAAGGGCAGAGCUCCUGAUGUCACUGCACGACCUGGAAAUCAGUGAAAUCUGCGCCGUCGACCCCUGUCAUAAGUUCACCUGGUGCCUUGAUGCUUGCAUUCGGGAGAAGUUUGUGGACAACAAGAGAGCUCGGGAGUUGCAGGGCUUUCUGGAUGGAGUGAAGAAAGGACAAGAGCAAGUGUUGGGGGACUUAUCAAUGAUCUUGUGUGAUCCCUUUGCCAUUAACACCUUAGCCUUGAGCACCAUAAGGCACCUGCAAGACUUGGUUGGGCAGGACACCUUACCCAGGGAAAGCCCAGAUCUGCUGCUGCUCCUUAGGAUGCUGUCUUUGGGACAGGGGGCCUGGGACAUGAUCGACAGCCAAGUCUUCAAGGAACCAAAAAUGGAAGUCGAGCUGAUCACCAGGUUCCUGCCUCUGCUGAUGUCCUUCGUGGUGGACGACCACACGUUCAAUGUCGACCAGAAGCUGCCCUCUGAGGAGAAGGGGCCAGUUCCCUACCCCAGCACCAUUCCUGAGGCUUUCACCAAGUUCUUGCAGGAGAACAGAAUAGCUUGUGAGAUUGGGCUGUAUUACAUCCUUCACAUCACCAAACAGAGGAACAAGAAUGCUUUCCUGAGGCUCCUGCCAGCACUAGUGGAGACAUUCAGUGACUUGUCCUUCAGUGACAUUUUCCUGCAUCUGCUCACUGGUCACCUCACGCUGCUGGGCGACGAAUUCGCACUCGAGGAGUUCUGCACCAGCCUCUUUGAUGGCUUCUUUCUCACUGCCUGCUCAAGGAAGGAGAACGUCCACAGACAUGUGCUGAGGCUGCUGCUUCAUCUGCAUCACAAAGUGGCGCCUGCCAAAUUAGAGUCUCUCCAGAAGGCUCUGGAACCCACCAAGCAGGGCGGGGAGGCUGUGAAGGAGCUUUACAACCAGCUCACUGAGAAACUGGAGCUGCGCAAGCCCAGCCCAGCCGAGGCGACCGAGCCGCCCUCCAUGGAGCUGCCCCUGCCCACGGUGCCCACGCCAGCCUCACGCUGAGCUCUGGCUGCAGGAGAAGCCCUGGUGGAGUGCAGGGCAGCGUGAGGCUCCUGGACUCCCUUCCAGGUGUCUGCCUACAGGGAGGAAACAAAACCCAGCCACUAAAGCUCUUUCAGGAAACACUGCAGUUUACCCAGCUCACUGGCUCUUGCUGGUUAGAAAGCCCUGUGUGCAGUGCAUUGCAAAGGUUUACUUUUCUUCAAGUUAGCUGAGUGUCUUCUUGUAGUUCCAUUUAAAAUCUGACUGUAUAUGUUUUUUUUUCAAAAAGAAAAUGCAUAUUUUUAA